AUGAAGGAACUUAAUUUGUUUUGUACAAAUGCUUAUAAUACUGCAUUGUAUGUUUUCUGCAGGAAAAAAGCUCAACUGAAGAAGAAAAGAGGUGUCACAACUAUUAAUGAGCAGAUGUUAUUUCAUGGCACCAGUAAUGAAUUUGUAGAAGCAAUAUGUAUUCAUAACUUUGACUGGAGAAUAAAUGGAAUGCAUGCUGCUGUAUAUGGAAAAGGGACCUACUUUGCAAGAGAUGCGUCAUAUUCCAGUCGUUUCUGCAAAGAGGAUAUGAAGCAUGGAGAUACUUUCCAAAUUCAUGGUGUGAAUCUGCAGCCUCAUUUGCACAAACCAGAUAAAGUCAUGUUUCUUGCACGUGUAUUAACUGGCGACUAUAUCAAUGGUGAUUCAAAAUACAUGAGGCCUCCUUCAAGAGAUGGAAGUUUUGUGAACUUGUAUGACAGCUGUGUGGAUAACACCUGGAACCCAAAGAUAUUUGUUAUCUUUGACGCCAACCAAAUCUAUCCUGAGUACUUAAUAGAAUUUUGUUAAAUUUAAUGAAGCUGAACUGAAUAUUUGUGUUUUCUUGAUACUUUUUUCCUUUUGCAAAAACAGCAACAAUGAAAACCCAAACUGUGAAAGGACAGAGGUGAAAGAAAAGCUAGCAUAUGUUUAUGAAGCUGUUAAACAUUUAAGAGAGAUUGUCCAUCUGCUUUUAGAAAUUUGUAAACAAACUUCACUAAUGCCUUUUUACAAUGUAAGGGAGUAUUACGAGUCUGAAAUUGCUUAGUUGAGUGCAUUAGUAAGUUUUUGUUCAAAGGCAAGAUUUAUGUUCUGAGUUGUUAAAAAUAUAUUGCAAGUCAUUAUUUGUGCGGUAGUAAUAUGCUUGUAAUACUGUAGCUCUGUGAUGAAACAAACCUUUUAUAAAGAUUGAUUGUAGGACUUAAAGCCAAACCUGGAUGACUUCUCCUAUGUCUAUGUAUGUGUGUUUUGUAGUACACAUUUCAAGAUGUACAGGACCUAAUGAUCAACAAAGCUGCUAUGUUUAGCUUGAAGGUAAGCUUCAGUUAUAUCCUUGGUUGGUUACAAAACUCUUGCACAACAAUUUCAAGUUUGUUUUUGACAAAAAUGAUGCCCCAAAGCUCUUGUGGUUGGCAGCUGUUCAGUGUAUAAAUAUUGAGUUCAGUGCUGGGAUGUCAUCACUGCCAUAUACCUUUCUGAGUUCUUGCUCUGUAUUUUUGCCAUGUCGUUGUAGUAUGUAUGUGCCUGCACGUAUUUGCAUGCAGAUUACAUAUUCUUGUCUGAUCACUGUUUAGGAAGUACUCAGCGCUGGUUUAUUUGCUGUUAACGAAGACAAUGUAGGUUAACUUCACUGGGAAUAAUACAAAGUUAAACCAACAAUGAGAAUUUUCAGAAGAUGUCAUCCUUUCAUUUUUUAACACCUCAAUAAAAAAGCUUUUAAUAACGUA